AUGGCCGAUAGGAUAAGCGAUUUACCUGACGAAGUUCUCUCUCACGUUCUCUCUUUCCUCCCAACCGCCGCCGCCAUCGCCACCACCGUCCUCUCCAAGCGCUGGAACGAGCUCUGGCGCUCAUGUCCCUCUCUCACCUUCGACGACUCCGAUUACUUCACCAACACACGCAGCAAAUCCUACUCCCGCUUCGUCCAGUGCGUACACGUGGCAAUCCUCUCGCGCGAUUGGCAUCAGACGGUGCAUUCGCUCCGCCUCAGUUGUCGCUCUUCUGCCUGCGACUCCACCAACGUGAGCGUGUGGAUCAACACGGUGGUGCAACGAGGGGUUCAGCACCUUGACCUCUGCGUCGGAAAAAUGUUCAACUUGCCCAGCGCGGUUCCGACAUGCAAAACCCUCGUCGUUCUCAAGCUGGAUCACUUCUACAUUAAGAAAAUCCCCACCGUCGAUUUUCCUGUGCUCAAAAUCAUGCAUCUGAGAAACCUAAAUUUCUUAGAACACCGGGACUUCGCGGAGCUUGUUCGUGCGAGUCCGAAUCUGGAGGAAUUGGAAGCCGUCGAUUUGGUUAUUCUUUUCCGCGCGGCGAAAGGGAGUUUUCAGUAUUUGCCCAAGUUGGUUAGGGCAACUGUUCCGAAAAUCGAUGUUCCGUUGGGAGUUCUUAGCAAUGCUCAGUUUCUGCGCCUGGAUUGGAUGGACGAUACAGUGAAAGACAUUUAUCCGAAACGCGGGGUUACUGUGUUUCGCAAUUUGAUUCACCUUGAAUUUGGCUAUGCCAAUUCUAUUCAAGACUGGCUCGAGGUUUCCCAAAUGCUCAAGUGUUCCCCCAGCCUUCAAAUUUUUGUCAUUGACAAGAUGUAUCUUGAUCCCUUGCCUCAAGCUAAUCGUGAAGGAGCAGAUUGGAUAUGGCCAGUGGGAAUUUGGUUAAACCUUAGAAGAUGUUGUUUUAAGAAUUACAAAGGUUGGAGAGGCGAGUUAGGGUUUGCAGAAUAUAUCAUGGGGAAUGCAGAACAUUUGCAGACCAUGUCAAUCUGCUGUAACCGUUAUGUAAAAGAAGACCAAAAGUUCAAAAUGAUUAAAGAAUUAUCGCUCUGCACAAGGCGUUCUGCGAGUUGUAAACUUAUAUUUGAAUAG